UCGCUGCGUAAUAACGACGCAGAAAGAGCUUUUUGAAACAUUAGCUCGCGAGAGUGUUUUUAGCUAGCAGUGCCGGAUGCAGCUAGCCCGGUAACUUCUGGAGUCGUCUCCCGGUGCAGAGCUCCUUCCCUCCGGUCCACCGGCACUCUGCCGCACGCGGAUACGUCUGUGGUCGUGAAGUGUAGCCAGGUCGAUAAACUGCAUAAUUAAUAACUUAUACGAUAUGUCUCUUAUUGCUAUGUAAAGAAAGCAGCUGUUGGAAUGUGAGCUGCAUCAUCCCUAGCUUGCUUCUAGUUUGCAUUUGCAUUGUUCUUUUUAAUUUAAUUUAUUUGUUGUCUUUGCGUGUUAUAUGUUGUACGUGUGUGUCUUUUGUUUUAGUUUAGUUGUUGUGUUUGUACUGUUUUGGACAAGUGUGUCACCUGUAGACAUAAUCACACCUAUAUUCUCUCAUUCAAAAACUAUCAAACUCGACCCAUUGUUCUGAUAAAUAGUUUAGUUAUUAAUACUUUCUUUGUACAUUUCAAGCAAAACAAAAAUAGAAACAUUUAAAACAUUCCCUGCCUCUCGGAAAGUGGGGAUUUAAUGCUUCCUUGAUACAUAAUAGUUAACAGUGCUCAGAACAAGCUAUUUGAAUACAUCACAUUGGGUUAUAAUGCCCACUUUUCACUUUUAUUUGACAUUUUUUACCGUAAUCAGUCAAAUAAUUACCGUAUUUUUCCUCCAGGUCACUAAAACUGCUGCGUUAAAAAACAAAUAAAGUUCUUCUACUACAUUUAGCAAUAUGGCUUUGCCUCCCUGACAUCAGUCAACAGCAAUACAUUUUAUUAUCAUUAUCACAUGCAUUUAAUUUAAUAAAAGCUGAAUUAAUCUUCCUCCGUCCGAGGCCGCACACCCAGUGACCCCCUCAUCUCAUUUGGAAACUCUCUGAAGCCUUUUGGAGACUCCAGUGAGCAUCUUGUGCCAGUGGGCUUGACCGUCUGCAUGGUCUCACCUCCCCAGUGCCGACGUCACGGCGGCAGCAGAGACGUCCCCCUCACCCCACCAGACCAACUGUAGUGCUAUUAUAGUUCAAGCAAAAAAGGCUAAUUGUUGCUCGAUCACAAAGGAGUGCACAGUGCGAGACUCCGGACGCCGAUGCGGUCGACGCAUCUUUUUCUCUUUCUGUGUAAUGGGAUGAAAAGUUGUUUGUGAGAGAAGCUGUACGUCGGUUUAGUGUUGUUUUUUUUCUUUUCCCGUCUCCAGAAGAGAAGAUGGCGCUGCUUGUGGUCGGCGCUCUCCUGUGCAUCUCCUGUUGGGUCUCUCUCUACUUCCUCCUGUGCAACCUCAACGGGUCCCGGAGCUGCGAGUGGAACUGUCGCCUCGUCACGCUGGUCCACGGCAUCCUGGCGGUCUGCAUCACGGGCUACAUCGGCUACGUGGACGGACCCUGGCCCUUCACUUAUCCAGGCACCAAGAACACUCCCCUGCAGAUCAGCGCCAUGCUGGUGAGCCUGGGCUACUUCAUCUUCGACGUGGCCUGGUGCGUGUACUUCCGCACCGAGGGCCCCGUGAUGCUGGCCCACCACACCGUGAGCAUCCUGGGCAUCCUGGUGACCCUGUGGCUCGGCGAGUCCGGCAUCGAGUCGUGCGCCGUGCUCUUCGGCAGCGAGAUCACCAACCCGCUGCUGCAGGCGCGCUGGUUCCUCAAGCAGACGGGCCGCUACGGCACGCGGACCGGCGACGUCGUGGACGUCCUGUUCGUGCUGCUCUUCGUGCUCAUGCGCGUGUUCGUGGGCGGCACAAUGCUGUACUGUGAGCUGAGCUCGCCGCGGCCCAGAUUCUUCAUCAAGUGCGGGGGCGUGGCCAUGUACGCGCUCUCCUGGGUGUUCAUGGUGGACAUUGUUCGGUUCGCCGUGCGCAAGAGCAAGAGGUGGCAGAAGCAGAAGGCGGACCGGCGAGAGGCGGCGGUGGCGGCUAACGGGCACGACGGGAAGACGGACUGAAAAAGGAAACAUUCGUUUGGGUCUUUUUCACUCUGGAAGUACAAAGAAAAUCCUUAUAUAUAUUAUUUUUUUUGGAUUUGAUGGUUCAAAGUCAUAGUUUUCUAUGUCUGUAAGGUCACACACACACACACACACCUGACUACUUUUUUAUACACACACACACAGAUGAAGUGACUGAAAAGGCCGAGAGCCUUCUGCACACUGAGAACAGAUGUUUCUUUCAUUCGCAGCCGUGAACUGUGGCCCAGUGGGACUCUCCGAAGGGAAUCCCGACGUUAGGAAACGGGCCUUUUUCAUGCGAUAUCCUCCCGUGUGAGACAGUUCCCGUCAUUUAAAAAAAAAAAAAAAGGGGAUUUGGUUACUUUUUUUUCUUUUCUUUUUUUAUCCUGUGGGCUUUUUUUGUUUUCCAUGCAAGGUAAAUGAGAUGUCAAAAGGUGAAUUCAGGGAGAUGAAGUUCUAUCUGAGUUGUGGUGCACUCCAGAGAAACUGUGUGGUGUUUGAUCGCUUUUGUUUAAUCUAUGACAUCGCACCUCCUAAAAGCUUGCACAAAAACAAUGUCCUUAAUGUUACUUCCCUCGUGUAAACGGGGACGUCUCACUAGCUCUACACUGGUUAAUUGUUACACUCCUUUUUCAGAUAUUUAUGUUCACUCUGGGUACUUUAUGUGGUGUAUUAAGUUAUGUGCGUUGUAUAAUUUCAAAAGAUUGCCUCUGUACUAAUGGCUCCUCCCACUGCAUUAGCUCCUCCCACUUCAUUCGAUGGGAGUCGUGUUUAAGUCUCACAAAGAUCUCGUCUGGCAGAGAUUAUUUAUUGUGAGCUUCAGUUACAUUUCUUUCAAAUGUCACGUUGUCUUAAUAUUUGAGGCGGACACUGUCGGGAUCCACCAAGAGGAACAUUUGUGCAAUCAUGCAGCCAUCUUUAUGUUUUAGCCGCUAAAAUGCCAGACAGUUAUCAAUUAUGUAUACUGUCAGUAAAAUUGAAAUAAUACAAAUAUAUAGAGUUAUUUAUUUGCAAAGUUCUGUUCUACUCAUUUCAAGCAUACUAACAUAGAAAAAUAGUUUAUUUAGGGGAUUUGUUUACAUGUGAAGAGUUGUAAUAGUAUUUCAUGUGUGAUUUUUGGCUACAUUUGCCAACAUGUGAUAUUGAUUAUCAGAAAAAUGUUCAUCUCGAUAUUGAUUUCCACUGUUGUCCAGACUGAACCCACACGUGCAUUUUGGGAUGAAAGCAGGUGGAUUGAGAUUAGUAGUAGUCCGCUCUGUGCCCGUCUAGAAUGUUACUAACUACUAGGUUUUACCUUUUGUGCUCAGUCUUUACAUUGUCUUUCUUUUUAAUUAUGACCUUAUCUUGUUUAUUGUCGUAAUAUUAUUGGAUAUCCGCAGUAACGUAUUAAAUCACCUGCCAUCCCUAUAUUUAUAUACAAAGUCUCGUUAUCUUGUUGAAUCUUCUGAGCAUCACAUUUACAAGGUAGCAUAAAUCUAACUGGUGUGUGCCUUGGUUAUCUGAAUGUUCUUUCAUUAUGUUUUGGUUGUUUAUUUGUUGUCUCGUGCUGUAAACCUUCCUCCAUGAAGCAUAUAGGCGUAACGAAGAACCGCUUUUAGUUUGGGGAUUUUAAUAAUUUGUCUUUUUUGAUCUAUGAGUGACGUCAAAUAAAGAUGCGAUGGAUUGUU